AACCUUUCGACUUCUUAGUAGACGAUAGAAGAAAAACUGCAGCUCGUUUGGGCAUCUCCCGUUGAAAAUUUUCUGAAUCUCUCGCCUUGGUUCCCGUCUUGAAGUUAUCAACAUGGGUACCAGACUCAAGCUUUUGACAGCCGUGCUCUUCAUUUGCUUCCUUAUGUUACCAAUGGUUAUUUCUGCUUCCAAUGAUGAUAAGGUCAGAAUUGGACUUAAAAGGAGGAAUUUUGAUCAGCACAACCGGGUUGCUAGCAAGAUUGCAACCAAGGAAGGAGUUUCAUUGAGAGAUUCUGUUGAGAAAUAUCAACCUAGUGAGAAUUUGGGAGACUCUGCUGAUACUGAUAUUGUAGCAUUAAAGAAUUACAUGAAUGCUCAGUAUUUUGGUGAAAUUGGUAUUGGUACUCCCCCUCAGAAGUUUACUGUUAUAUUUGACACUGGUAGUUCUAAUUUGUGGGUUCCUUCAUCCAAGUGCUUAUCUGUUGCUUGUCUUUUACAUUCCAAGUACAAGUCAAGGCGUUCAAGUACUUACAAGAAGAAUGGUAAACGUGCUUCGAUUAAAUACGGGACUGGUGCUAUUUCGGGCUAUUUUAGUCGAGACCAUGUUAAAGUUGGUGACCUAGUAGUUAAGAACCAGGAUUUUAUCGAGGCAACUAGGGAACCCAGCCUCACAUUCUUAUUGGCCCACUUUGAUGGCAUACUUGGACUUGGCUUUAAAGAGAUCUCAGUUGGAGACGCGGUGCCUGUAUGGUAUAACAUGGUUGACCAAGGUCUUGUUAAGGAACCUGUUUUCUCGUUUUGGUUUAAUCGCAAUGGGGAUGAGGAAGAAGGUGGUGAAAUUGUCUUUGGCGGUGUUGACCCUAAUCACUACAAGGGGGAGCACACAUAUGUUCCAGUUACUAAGAAAGGAUAUUGGCAGUUCGAUAUGGGUGAUGUUCGGAUCAAUGGCAAAACAACUGGAUUUUGUUCAAAUGGUUGCUCAGCAAUUGCUGAUUCAGGAACUUCUUUGCUGGCCGGUCCAACGAGUAUUAUUACCCAAGUUAAUCACGCCAUUGGGGCCUCAGGCAUUGUAAGUGAGGAAUGCAAGACUUUAGUCUCAGAAUAUGGAGAAACCAUAAUUAAAUUGCUAUUAGAAAAGGAAGAACCAAAGAAAAUCUGCUCUACACUUGGUUUGUGUACUUUUGAUGGGACUCGAGGUGUAAGUACGGGCAUUGCAAGUGUCCUGGAUAACACCACCCAGACAACCUCCAAUGGUUUGCACGAUUCACUGAUGUGCACUGCCUGCGAGAUGGUAGUUGUGUGGAUACAAAGCCAACUAGCAGAUGAGCAAACACAAGACCGGAUACUCGAUUACAUAAAUCGGCUGUGCGAGAAGUUGCCUAGUCCUAUGGGAGAAUCAGUAAUUGAUUGUGAUUCCUUGUCUACUUUGCCUAACAUUUCAUUUACAAUCGGUGGAAAGGUCUUUGACUUAAAGCCUGAGGAGUACGUCAUCAAAGUCACCCAGGGACCUAUAACCCAAUGCAUCAGUGGAUUCGCAGCUCUCGACGUGCCGCCUCCGCGUGGACCCCUCUGGAUCUUGGGAGAUGUUUUCAUGGGUCCUUACCAUACCGUGUUUGAUUAUGGAAACUUGAGAGUUGGAUUUGCAGAAGCUGCUUAAAUGCUCAAAUUUCAACUUGUUCUAUUUCUGUUUCCCAGUUUCCACGACUCUAGUAUGAUAAUAAGCUCAUAGAUUAUAAGCUUUGUAUGUAAAUAUGUGUUUGUGUAACCUUUUCUGUUGAAAUGGAUUGUAUAUUUACUGGGAAAGGGAAAAAAAAGACCAUUUUUAAUGGAUAUUUAGACUGUUAAUUAUAUGAAAAGGCACAAAUUGGGACAAAGCUGAAUUUGUCUGUUGUUAUUGAUGA